AUGACACGCUGUACUCUCUGUGACGCUUUAUUUCAGGUACCCUCCAAGUACAAAGCGUUUCCCAUCUGUCCCCCAUGUUACGACUCUGCCUUUGACCUGGAUAUGAAAGUGACCCGGAAACUGAAAUGGGAGGAACCCAGUGAAAUCAUGGACGGCUUGUUAUGGUUGGGUGGAGAAGGAAGUACAUUGGAUCGGGAUUGGCUGCUCCAGCACGGUAUCCGCCGUAUUCUGACGGUCGCCACUCACAUGGAACGAAUGACGCACCAUGAAGGCAUUCAAUACCAGCAAAUCGAUGUCGAUGAUGAUCCCUCGGAGGAUUUGAAACAACACUGGAAGUCAGCGUUUGAAUUUCUUGACCAGGCCAAAAAUGAUAACUCGGGUAUUCUGGUACAUUGUGUGUCCGGUAUAUCCCGGUCAGGUGCCACGGUUGUCGCUUAUGUGAUGCAUUCGCAAGGAAUUCAGUAUGAUGAAGCACUUGCCAGAGUCAGAAGGAGGAGACCCUGUGUGUCUCCUAACGGCGGGUUUCAAGAUCAGCUUCGAGCAUUUGAGAAAACAUUGAAGCUGCAAGUGCCAGGGUCUACUAAUAGACCUAGCUAG